CCCGCCACAGCCACCGCCCCCCCCCUCCUCCGGUAGGUCCCCUCACGGCAAGGAACCGCCGUGUCGCGAUCGCCGACCCCCGGGACAGGGCGGGCAAACACCAGGAUUACAUAACCGCGUACGGAGAGAGCAGCUGCAAGAUUACACGAUGCAGAUUAGAGAUUACGUUGAUUCAGCAGAUUGUCCUGUGCAUGUCUGAGAAAGAUUACACCAGCAGAGUUAAGAAUACCCAUUUGCUGUGAAAUUACAGAUUGGGAAGUUCUUGUUUGUGAAAUGCAAGAAUUCUACCACCAAGAUCUUACCUGACUGAAUAACUAUCAGUCUGAGGACUGGUUCAAUUGUAUGCACUGUCUUUCAAGGUGCCGUUUUGGAAGAAUAACCUCUCAUCAAGAAUAAAAAUUGUUGUCGGAAUAAUAUGCGAACAGAUCAUGAAGAACUCUGUGGCACCAAUUAUGGAUCUUUUUGUCUAAAUGGAGGGAUUUGUUAUAUGAUUCCUACUGUAUCCAGUCCAUUCUGCAGGUGUAUUGAGAAUUACACAGGAGCCCGUUGUGAGGAAGUUUUGCUGCCCAGCAUCAAGUCCCAAACAAAAGGUGACCUGUUUGCAGCUUUCUUGGCUUCACUUCUUCUUCUAGGAGUUCUUGUAAUUGGAGCAUUCUACUUCCUUUGCAGGAAAGCUUCCAUUCCAAGGACGAGUUCUUCAGAGUGUGGUGCCAACCUGGUUGAAACUACAAGCAGCAAUGGCUGCAACAAAAUAAUAACAGAGUAAAGCAUUGGAGUGGAAGAAUGGUGGGAAAACAACAUGCAGAGCAACCCUAAGAAUACAAUAGUUGUAGAGGAUGAUGUGGUAAGCAAGAUGAGAGAAGAAAGUAGACUGAUAUAGGAGGCUUACUUAGGUGUUGGAGAAGACUGCAACUAAGACAUAAAGAGAAAACAGUUGCACUUACUGGAGUUUCUAUGUGUUUUUAAAGGUGUAUCAAAUGAUACAGAAAUCACUAUAAUCACUAUCAUUUCUGUUGGAAUUUUUUGAGAUUUUUCACAACAAGUUACUGUUUUCAAUAAUGCACAGGUAGAAGCAUGACAUAAUUUUGGUUUUUACUGCAUGGGAAAUAUGAAAUAAUCUUUUUUCCACUGCACAGAGAAUAUGGGUUUUAGUGUGAGGUAAUACUAUGAAUUUUUUAUAGGAUCGUCCUUUUUCACAGGAUCGCUCCAGAGGAGUUGAGGACUGUCUUGAUUCAAUAGUAUCAAAAUUUAUACCUGUGAUACAUGUCCAGAAUUUGGCUUGUUUCAGAUACACUUACCAGAUGUAGGAAAAAAAAAAAAAGUACCUUUCUCCAGCUAAUACUUACUUUUUUUUUUUUUUUUUUUUAAUUCUAAGACAACAUGAGGAUGAGGUACCACUGCUAGUGUUUUGGCCAGCUUCCUGGCACAAGAUUUUAAUUCAAAUUAAAAGAAAAUAUUAAGAAAAGAGAUUGGUAAUGGUUAAAAGAAGUUUACUAGGAAGAGUAUUUACCCUUUGUUUGGUAUACAUCCCUAAUAUCAAGCAAAACACUUUUGUUGAUGGUUUUAUUUUUGUCUUGCUUUCUUCUGAAAAUCUCACUACUGAGGGAGAUUUAAACCUUACCUUAAAUUUACCAGUUGAUAUUUCAGAUCCUAGAAGUCAGGAAUUUUAUUCAUCAAGUCCAUUCCUGACACAAAAUAUUAUCCAGGCAGGUGUCUGGGCUGAACAAGUGCUGCCCUCUCUAAGGAUUUAUUUGUUUUAUGCACAUAACCAUUUGUUGAUCACACCAGUGUAUUAUACAUCACUAUCUGCUUCCUUACAGUAUUCUUUUAUUCAGACAAAGAGAGGCCAAAUGACAUGGUCCAUCUCUUUUUCUGCCUUGACAACACAAAGAGACUGUCUGGUUAGUCAGAGGCAUAGAAAAUGUGAACCGAACAGUUUUGUUUUCAACUUAUUUCUCGCACUGGAGGUUGAAACCAGCAAAAAUCAGAUAUGUUUCCAUAAUAGCAUAUUCCCUAGCAGCUCAUUAUAUGGGAUUUAUAAGGUUGUAUUGAAGAGAAAAUUAAUUGAGAAAACUUCAGGAAUUGAAAGGGGAGAGGAUGCAGAACGCAGAUUUCUUAUCUCUGAAAUAAACAAUCUGGAGGUGUAUAAAAAUAUAGGUGCAAAGAAAAUGUUGAAUAAGCUUCUAUUCCUAGGGUGUCUACUACACGCUGUAGCACCAGAAAAAAUAGUGUGUAUUUUAUAUCAACAUAGACAAAAGUACAGCAAGACAGAGAAGAAAAGACAUGCUGUUACAGCGUAUAAGGUAAGAAGUCAAAGAGAAAACCGUGUUAUAAUAGCUACUAGAAAACAAAACAGAAAAAUACAUUACCUUCUGAGGACUCAGGUUAGAGAAGUUAGAGUCCAAAUUAAAGCUCAGCAUCUGAAGGCAGAAUCUGAGGGCACCAAAUCAAGUAGAGGACCUGAUCCAGAGAUUAAGUUAUAUAAAGCACUAAAAGAUCACUUUCUUCCCAAAUUAACUGAUCUUAUAUGUUAUUUUCUGGACUUCAAACCUUUAGCUGAUACUCUGAAGGAAGGUGAUAAUAUUGCUUUAAAGGCUAAGAAAGAUAGAAGUGAUUUUUCAUCACAUAGCGACAUGCCGCUGUUAAAUACGGAGUUUAGGAGAUUUGUGGCAGUACUGACAGCUACAUUAGAAUCAGUAUUACCUGAAGUACUUUGCACAGCCUCAGUGAAAAUUAGUCAGAGACGACUGCUGUUAGAUAACUUCCAUAUGUUAUUGAUCAUGAGACAUUCAGAUAUAAUAGUGUUAAAGUUUUGUGUACUGUUUUCAUUGAAGAAGGAAAAGGCUUGUGGUCAUCUUAAGUGGAAAUUCAGGAACAAAACAUUAAUAGAAAAUGUAAGAAAUAAAUGGACUGAAGUUGUACUCUAUAAACUCUUAGAACCCUCCCAGCUUUCUAGACAGACACGGAAUAGUUAUUCACUGUUACCAAUCUCGUUUGCAUUAUUCUGGAAACAAUUUGUACAAGAAGUGAGGAUAAAUAAACCAAAACCAUGUUUAAAUGCAAACAAGUUGAUUUAUCAAACAAUGUUAUCUUUGAAGGAAAUCCUGUUAGUGAUUCAGACUGCUUCAAACCCAUCGUAUCUGAGAACAUUUCAGCUUCUAAAAUUAAUUAUUUCAAUUCACAAGCUUUGUGAAUAUGACAUUCAGGUCAAAAUGAGAUCAGGCUACAAAUUCAAUUUAAGGUGGUCAAAUGCCACAGGAAGUACAGGGUAGCCAACAUUACAUAUAAUUUAAUAAAAUAGUACAACGCUCUCUAGCAACACUUGCUUACAAAAUUAAGCAAGUAGUCCUGUGAGCAGUAAAGCUAGGAAAACACCAGUUCCAAUGGAUCAGAUCUUGUGGUUGGAGUGACUGGAGUCUAAAAAAAGUGUUAUGUGUAUAUGCAGGGAUGAGUAAUAAGGUCUCUCUUUUCCGCUUGACUCCUGUUUUCCUGAAACAUAAGAUCUCAUGUCUUUAAAAUUACCUCUCCACCAGUUGAAAGGUUGUGGAGGGAAGAAAAGUGGAAAAGGCUAAUUUCCUAGGAACCUCCACUAAUAUGAUUACACAACAAUUAAUUAUAGUGUUAUGGCAAAAAUUCUUUUAUACCUGAGGAUCACGUUUUACUUCCAGAAUCUUGUAGUAAAGGUCUCUUCAUAAUGUGUUGCAAAAGUCUUCUGAUCACUUGCAGAACAGACUGCUAGCCAUUAGGAGGAAAUCUCUUUAUAGACCUAAGUAAGAGGUUGCUUAUAUGUUACUCAAUAUAUAAUUUUUUUUCAUUAGUAGCCCAAACAAACGCUGGGGCAAAGUACAAUGAAAGGAGGAGAAAUGGCUGUUCAAAGAAAACAAGAGGAUUUCUCUGUGCUGCAUAGUCUUCUGAUUUAUAUUGUUAAAUACCAAGCGGGAAGACCAAUGGGAAGUACAUUUGGUAGCACUUCCCAUUUUAAAGGUACCUUCAAUGUUGUGCAACUCCUUCAUAAUUUACUGCACUAAAAAAAAAUUUCCUCCUGACCCUGCAUUUUUACAGAGCAGUAAAGGGGCUCUGAUAGUACAACUCAGUUACUUGAAAAUGGAAAGGAGAGAAGAAAUGGGGGAGAGAACUUAUCACAAUAGAAACAGUGUCUGUGCUACUGCUUUCUGUUCAGAGUGUCCUGCCUAGGAGCUACCAAACUGACCAGAGUCCAGGCAGAAAGGGAAACCUGAAAGGCUAAAAAUUCCUGUUCAGCAAAUUCUGUAUCAGGAUAGAGGUACCUAGAAGGGACUGCCCAGGGAGAGGGAGAGCUUUAGCCAAGGGUGGUUAUGGAUUUAACAUUGGACACCCAACUCGUUCUACAAUAAAAAACAGAACAAAACAACCCCCUCAAUUAUGUUCCUUUGGUAUUUAGCAUCCUUUCAGAUUUAAAGGACAUCAAGCUAUUUCUGGUAAAAACUGAAAAGACUGUGGAUUAGUUUGGAUAAGAGUUUUCACUUGUACUAUGACCAUAUUCAAACCCAGGGAUAUUAACGAAGAUAUACCUGUAUAAGUUUGGGAAAAAAACUAGAACUAAGUUGUGUUACAAUCCUCUGGCAAUGUUACUUAGAUUACCAGGAUGCAUAUGUUCACUGUACCUAUCUCUCAGUUAUAAUGCCUUUUGUUGACAUCUAUAUAUUUAAAUGAAGAGAUGGUUAAGAUUAGUGAAAAAAGUGCUCCUUUUCAAGAAGUACUGCAGUAUUUCCUGCACUUUGGGGGAAAAUGAGCAAACAAAAAAACCCAAACGUGCACGCCUAAAGAUGUUUAAAAAAACCCCAAACCUUUUUCAUUGUUGCAUGUAACGUUAUUUGCCUGUGCUUAUCCAAAGUCUGUUCUUGCUUUUCUUGUGAUUGUAACCUGUUCAACAUAAUCUGUAUGUAAUCUGAGAGAUGAAUUUCUUGAUAGCAAAGUACCAAAUACAACUUUUGUGGAAUACCGAUAGGCAUGUUGCCACUCAGUUCCAUGUUUGGGACUGAUACUCCACAAAACCUUUCACCAGGACUUCUAUAGCUAGCUAAGAGUAUGUAAACAGAACCUGCAGCUGUAGGACCUGAAAUAACAAGAUGAUACUGCUGUUUUCAUCCCCCAAAUUAAAAAUAUGACCAAUUUCUAACACUUCUAAA